AUGAAGCUUGGAACGGCGCUGGCGUACAUUUUUGGCAUCGCUGCCAUGGCAACUGCAUACACAAGAGACGGCUUUAAAAGUACAGCAAGACCUUUCACAAUAAGACCAAAAGUCAACAGAAGUGUGUCAGAGGAUAGCGACGAGAAACUCAACGCCAAGCGAGAUACUCGUUCCGCAGGUGGGUUCCCUCAAGAACUGAAGUAUGUAAUUACAUUUGACGGAAAAAGUGACUCAGAGCUUCACCUUGUUCGAGAUCAUUCUCAUGUGCUACCUCCGGGUUUCCAGCAGGACCUUGCGGGAAGGUUUUAUCGAAAGCCUAUAACAAAUGAUCUGAAUGUUGCGUUUUAUAAAGAUCUGAAUGGGCAUGGACUAUUUGCCUGUCAGCGACAAAAGUCAGCACUGGAAGAAUUUGAAUGUGGGUUUUCUGCAAUGUUAGAUAUAGGAGAAGAGACAUGUUACAUUGGUCUAGGGGCUUCACACGCAGAUUGUUCAGCAAAGACUGAUGGACCAUUUGAAACAUUACUGGAACCAAUUAAAGAAAUCACACUCGGAAAUGAAGCAGUCAGAAAUAAAAGAAGUAUAUUACCUGCCAGAGGUUUUAAAAUUGUUGAAGUCGCUUAUCUUCCUGACGCCAAAUUUACUGAUCUGUUUUACCGUAGACAUCCUGGAGAUAUUGCCGCAGCGGAGGCGGAAAUGCUGAUAUUUGGCACACUUCUCACAAAUGAGAUAAAUAUGUACUAUUCGACAUUAAAAGAAACAUCAAAUGGUGAUCUAGAUAUUCAAGUAUAUCCCACAGCCGUUGCAAUUCCAGGGUACAAAAAGAACUUUCCCUGGUCAGAGAACUAUAACGACGGAACAAGCCUCUCUGCUACAGACGAUAUGAAAGAAAAUCUAGAAUACAUUAUAAAUGACAGUGGUUUUAUUUCUGAGAGGUUUGACUUUGUCUUCGCUCUCACAGGGUUCAAUCUAAAAGACUCUCAGACUGGCAGUCCUAUCGUUUCAUUAACAUACCUUAGAACGAUUUGCACGAACUCCCGGGAAAAGUAUGCAGUCACAGAAUUUACAUCAUGGAACUUACCGCGAGUUCUGGCGCACGAGCUUGGACAUGCUUUGGGAGCUGAGCACGACGACGACAGUUCCUGUCCCAGUGGUGUGAAUCUUAUGUCACUGUAUCUGUUCGCUCCGAACUCAACCACCAAAGACACGUACUACUACUUCUCCACGUGCAGUGUGGACGAUAUCAGCGCACAUCUAAACAGCCUCGCUUUCAUAGAAGCUCUUACUUAUCCACCUCGCUACCAGUAUAUCGUGCGCAUGGAUUAA